GAGCCUUCUUCUUCCAGGGGCAUGCCCAUACACCAUACACCGCGAGAGUGGCAGAGCGCGCUAGACAGAGAAGACGGCCUGGCUUGGCUUGGGCUUGGGCGUCCACGUUUCCCUUUGCCGUCCACUUUUAAGGCGGUGCCGCUAGGAUCCAUCGAGCUAUCCGGGCUCUCGCUCCCAUCAUGGCGAGGACCCCCUGCAGCCUCGGCCGCGCUGGCACUCUAGCACGGCUGCGUCUUCUUAUCGACGUUUAAUAUAUAUCUCGGGGGUGCACCAGUCAUCUUGAAGCUUUCUUCCUUUCCCCCUCGCUGGUCCUUGCCCUCUUGCUCCCGACCAUUGUGCCCUCACUCUCUCUUCUUUUGCGUCUUGCUAGCCGAGUUUCUAUACCACACUCUUUUCUUGCUUCCGUCUCGAUAGCCAUUCAGCUAUCAGAUUUGAGUUUUACGUCUUUCGUUCACACUAUACAUAUAUCCGUCUGCUUCCUGCAAGACAGGCUCUCACUCUCUUUUCGAUCUCGGCCGGGCUAGCUCUCUCCCCUUUAGACUCUUGAGUCUAUUUUUUCUUCGGGCACUUACUGUCAUUACCCUCUCACACUUAUAUAUCCAUUUUCAUCGUCUACUGUCAUUUUCGACUGCGAGUUCUUUUCAAAAUGCGAUUCCAGCAGAGCCUCCUCGCUGUUUCCGUCCCGGCACUUGCCGCGGCUAUUACUCCGCCGAACAUUCCCGGCAUGAACAUCGUCUUUUUCGAUGGCUUCGAGGGUCCCCCCGGCGCCUCCCCUAACGGCGGUAACUGGAACAUCAUGGAUGCCAUCAACACCAACAACGAAAUCCAAACUUACACCACCUCAAACCAGAAUGUCCAGAUCAGCGGCGGCGGCACCAUCCAGUUCGUCCCGCGAAAAUCCCCGGCUGGUCUCUGGACCUCCGGCCGUAUCGAGACCAAGGGCUCUUGGACGCCCGAGCCUGGCAAGGUUACGUCGAUUCAAGGAAACAUUUUAUUGGGUGCGAACCCCACGGAUAGAAAGAGAGGAAUGUGGCCCGCCUUCUGGGCCCUCGGUGACGCGAUGCGCCAUGGCACCGAGUGGCCCACCUGCGGAGAGAUCGACAUCAUGGAACAGAUCAACGGUAUCUUGACCGGGUACGGCACCGUUCACUGCGGGUCCCCCCUCGGAGGCCCUUGCAACGAGCCCAUCGGACGUCCUCACACCACUCCCAUGGCAGCCGAAGGGUUCCACACCUGGGCCGUCACCAUCGAUCGCACAAAUGAGGACUGGCGUGCGCAGUCGAUGACGUGGCAGCUCGACGGCAACACUUAUGCUACUAUGACCGGGGCUGACAUCGGCGAUGCUCCUGUCUGGUCGUCCCUGGCCCACAGCCCUCUAUACAUCAUCCUCAAUGUCGCCGUUGGCGGCAACUGGCCGGGUAACCCUGACGAUUCUACCUUGGAUGGCUAUGGUAGCAUGAUGGAGGUCGCCUGGGUGGCCGUCUACUCAUCAUAGGUAGACUAAUACACCCACGGUCUAAGUUAGCAUAGAAGACGAUACACCAGAAAGAUAAAACUAGGCGGGUGUAUAUAUGGGGGGGGGGGAGGAUUUGGCGUUUACCAGAGAUCGGAUCCGGGAAAUUUUGGAUGAGGCUCAAGAUACCUACCUCUUUCGUUGCGUGAUUUUCUUUUCUGCCUAUUCUCUCCGCUAGGGGCAGGGUGGCACAACAACACAUCAUCCCAG